AUGGCAUCUGGAGUGGGAUCUAUCUCUGGCCCUGGGGCCGUGGAUGACAAGCGUCUCCAUGCCAAUGGUCUUGACGCCAUCACUUUCCCUACCAGGGUCGCAGCAAAACUCCAUGACUCCAGCAUUCCAUUUGAAGAGUACCUCCACUAUGCAAAAAUCACUCGUCAGGAGGAGGAACGGUUGUACGGUCCGGGAAGCGACUUCACCCAAGGUUCUGGACCUACCAUGACCUUCAUCAAAGAGAAGAUUCUUCGGAAGCGAGUCGAGCACCGCCGCGAGUCGGUUCCUCAGCCCAGGCUGUCCAUCAGCGCCCAGGGAGAGGGGCAGAUCGUGAGGCACGAAUCGGACUCGGGCAACGAAAAGUCGGCCAUUGAGAACAAGAAGUUUGAACCCAUGACCAUUUCUGACGAGGAAUGGGUUCAGGCCUCGCGCGCAGCAAGAACAGCUACAUGGGGUGCCGUCUUCUACCUCAUCACCACCGACAUUCUCGGUCCCUUCAGUACCGGAUACGCUUUCUCGCAAAUGGGUCUUGGCCCCGGCGUUACGCUCUUCACUGUCUUCGGUGCCCUUGCUGGUUACAGUGGCUACCAGCUUUGGCGCAUGUACCUCCAGUUGGACAGCGAUCGCUAUCCGAUGAAAGGCUACGGCGACAUCGCGUUCCGUGUCUACGGUCCCUGGUUCCGCCACACCUGCAACCUUCUGCAGUCGUUCCAAUUCUUCCUCAACGUCGCCCUCAUCAUUCUGAGCAGCGGCCAGUCCAUCAGUCAGUUGUCCAAGGGCCAACUGUGCUUCAUCGUCUGUGUGGUGGUCUGCAUGCUUGCUGGCUGUAUCAUUGGACAGAUUCGAACUCUCCAGCGGUUCGGUUGGUUGGCUUCUUGGGCUGUGUUUCUCAACUUGUUCAUCAUUUUCGCAACUAUGGGCGUCAUGGCUCACUCUCCUCCCAACUACAAACUCUACGCGGCUGCGAACCCUGACUUCGACAUCAACAACCCAGCACCAAUUCAAGUUUCCGGCUCCGCCCCUCCGGGUCUCGACAUUGUUGACAACGUCAACGGUCUGAUGAACGCCGUCUUCUCCUUUGGUGGUGCGACUCUGUUUGUCGAACUCUUGGCUGAGAUGCGGCGGCCCAUGGAUUUCUGGAAGGGUCUUCUCUGCGCCGACCUCCUCAUCUAUGCCUGCUACAUGGUCUACGGAAUCUAUACCUACUGCAUGCAAGGGCAGUACGCCUACAAUGUCUCGUACCAGGGUAUCUCGCCGUACGGCUGGCAAACAGCGUGCAACAUCAUUGGACUCAUCACCGGCCUCAUUGCCGCUGUUCUCUACGGCAACAUUGGCAUCAAAGUGCUCUACAACAACUUGGGCCGUGACCUGCUCAACUUCCCGCUGUUGGAAUCCAAGACUGGCAAAUGGAUCUGGGUUGCCUUCGUCCCCAUCUACUGGACUCUUGCCUGGGUCGUCACUCAAUCCGUUCCUCAAAUCAACACAUGGAUCGUCCUCGUCGGUGCAGGAUGCAUCUUGCAGUUCACAUAUACCUUCCCGCCUUUCAUGAUGCUGGGCUUCAAGUGCCAGCGCGACGCCAUGCUCCCCGGCGAAACAUUUGACCCAGCCACUGGCACGGUCCGUCAUUUGGACAGCGGUCUCAAGAGAUGGUGGAGAGGUUUUAAGAAGGAACUCUUCUGGAAUCUUUUCGAUCUGAUCUUCUACUUGGGUAGUUUUGUGACCAUGGUUCUCGGUCUGUACGCGGCAUUUACAUCAAUGGUGGAUGCAUAUAAGAGCUCUGUGAACUUGAGCGCCUGGAGAUUAUUGCCGUUGAGGUUUGAGCCUCUUCCUCUUGGUUCUAUCAGGCCGGUAGGAUGGCUUGGUCAACAGAUGGACCUCAUGGCCAACGGUCUUCCAGGCCAUUUGCAUGAGUUCUACCGCCCUGUCAAAGAUGCCCCCUGGCUCGGAGGCGACCAGGAAUAUUCAUGGUUGAACGAGGCAUGGCCCUACUCAUACAACGCCCUUGUUCCACUGGCGUGGACAACCAACAACGCGCGAUUGAAACACCAUGUUCUCCGGGUUACGGAAUGGGUCAUCGACCAUCAACAUGCAGAUGGGUGGCUCGGGCCGGAAGAGAGCCUGUCCCGUCGGAAUUUCUGGGCCAGAUAUCCCCUCUUCUUGGGUUUCAUGCAGCUUGUCGAAGCCGAGCCCGAGCUGGGCGAGACCAUGGUGUUGCCGGCAAUGCACCGUUUCGUUCGCCUGAUGUAUUCCAUGCUCCAGGACCACCAUCAGGGCUAUGUCUGGAAACCCGGGGAUCUGUUCGACGAGCAAUGGGGUCGAUCCCGUGCGGCAGACAUGGUUUUGGUCCUGCAGUGGCUGUACGAGAAAUACCCCAUGGGUAAUGAAAAGAUCAUCCAUUAUUGCAUGGUCCAGAUGUAUGAGAUGGCCUAUGACUGGUCGUACUGGUUCCACGAAGAUCACUUUCUGAAAGGCGACCUGGACACGUACCCGCAAGAUCUCACCAACAGCCUGUUCCCCUACGUCCACGGCGUGAACGCUGGUCAAGGGUUGAAAUGGGGUGGCGUGAUGAGAAGACUGGUCCAGGACGAUGUCCUUCUCAAUACUACCAGAAAUGGCGUCAACUGGACUUUUCGCUACCACGGGACGCCAUCUGGUGCGAUCAUCGGGGAUGAACGUGAGGCAGGCUUGAGCCCGGUCCGAGGGACUGAGCUUUGCAGCGUGGUGGAAUCAAUCUUCUCCUUGAGCUAUUUGUAUCACGCUGUGGGGGACCGCGACUUCGCCGACAAGACAGAGUUGGCCGCCUACAAUGCUUUGCCCGUCAUGUUGAUGCCACACUGGUGGGCUCAUCAAUACGUCGCCCAGACAAACCAACCCGUCAGCCAUCGUCUUGACAAUCCCCCUUUCUGGAAUGUCGGACCUAUGGGCCAAACCUUUGGGACCGAGCCGAACUACCCGUGCUGCACGGUCAACAUGCAAGGAUAUUCCAAAUUUGUUCCCGCCAUGUAUGUGAAAGACGGAGAAGACGGAUUGGUCCACGCCCUCCUCGGACCGGCUCAUGUCAGCACCACGCUGCAGAAGCGGAACCAGAUACGAAUUCGAUGCGACACGAACUAUCCGUUCAGCAACUACCUCAACUAUGAGAUCAAGGCGAGAUCGGCGUUUCGAUUCUCGUUCAGGGUCCCCGCCUGGGCUCUGCCAGAUGCGAGCAUCGUCAUGGUAGACCGUGGCAAGAAGCACCCCCUGGCGCCGGACAACAGCACCGGCCUACAUACGAUGGUCAUUCCCGCCGGACGGACGCGUGUCGAAGUCUCGUUUAGCACUCAUCUGCGCGUGGAGUCGAGAGCCAACGACACCAUCUCCGUCUACUACGGGGCGCUGCUCUAUGCUCUGCCCCUGGCCGGAGACUACACUGCUUCGCGACCCGCCAACUACCCGGGCACGGAGGCUCCUCCCGAGGCAAACGACUGGUCGAUCCUCCCGCGAGACUACUGGAACGUGGCCGUCGACGUGACGGCGCUGAAAUUCUACGAAUAUCCCAAUCGGUACGAUGCCUGGCUCCCCCAUCCGAUCUGGCACGAGGAGCGGCCGCCCGUCAGCAUCUCGGCACUGGCCUGCCAGAUAGACUGGGAGCUGCGAGACGGGUAUGCCCCCAACCCACCACUGGCAGGUCGGCGGAAUUGCACCGGCAGGGCCUUUCCGGUCGAACUGCGCCCAUAUGGCAGUGCGAAGCUGCAUAUGGCCGAACUGCCUACCGUGAACCUGCGACCAGGAAGUCCCGACCUGUGGCGACCAGGGCCUGGUGUUUGA